AUGGAAGCAGGAAUUACUGAAUCCGAAGUGUAUGGUGCUAAAUUUUUAUUUCUAAAAACUAUUCGGAUUAGUGUACCAUUAUGCCUUUAUUCUAUCACAUGUUUUAUGUUCCACCCAAUUUUUCAAUCACUUAUCUAUCAAAAGGUAUGUUUGCAGUAUGGUGAUCGAAUAGGUGGUGAUGCAAACUGUUCACACCCUGAGAUUUCAUCUAAUUCAGAAUUUCAAGCAAUAGCGAAUUGGAUAGUCUUGUUAAGUAGUAUUGCGAUUUGUUCACUUGGAUUUCUUACAUCUGCUCUAAUUGGACGACUAGGUGAUACAAAAUCUCGAAAAGCGGCUUUGUUAAUACCAUUUACUGGACUUGUACUUGAAGGCAUCUCACUGGUGGUGCAAUCGUAUUAUAUGGAGCUUUCCGUGUAUUGGUUAGUUGGAAGUGAGGCGCUUUUUGCAGCUUUUGGUGGCUAUAUGUCCAUUUUUUCGUCAUUUUUUGCUUAUGCUACCGAUUCUGUACGCAAAUAUCCGCCUAAAUGUCGAUCAUUAAUUAUUGCAGUUUUAGAAGGUGUUAUUGGAUUUGGAGGCACAAUUGGUUACUUAUGCUCAUUCUUGUUGAAACUUUGGGGAUUUAGUGGUUUGUUUAGAGCAUUUCUUGUAAUAUAUUUCACUUGUUUCGUGGCUGUAUUUUUCCUUCCAUCGAUAAAUAACAAUCAGAGAGAAAUAGAAUACAAAAAGGAUAUGUUUGGAUUCGAUCUAAUCAAAUUUUUGUGGCGACAAAAAAGAAUUGGCACUUUCUUAGCUUUGAUCAUUGCCUUCGCUAUUUCUUUUUUCACAUUUAUAGGUUCAGUUCACAUUUCAUUCUAUUAUCUAAAAUUUCGAUUUAACUGGGAUGCUGGAUUGUAUGGUUUCCUUAAAGGACCAACACAAGGACUUGCAAUGUUAAAUGUACUAUUUGUUUAUCCAUUAUUACGAACACAUAAUUUUACCGAUCGAACGCUUUCUCUUAUUGGAGUGAUUUCAAGAGCAUUGGGUAGAUUAUGGCUUGGUAUUACAUGGAGUACACCAUCUACAUUUUUAUUGAUACUUUUCGAUUCAUUUACACGUUUUGCUGCUUCUGGUAUGAGAGCAAUGUCGGCUAACAUCGUACCAGUUAACAACCACGGUUCUAUGUUUACGUUAUUUGCGGUAACAGAAGCAUUCAGCAACUUAAUGGCUGCCAUUGUAUUUCAUACACUUUUUCCAUUAUCGCUCGAUUUUCUACCCCAAUUGUCAUUUUACAUUCUUGCUGUUAUAAUGUUAAUUCCAACAGCUAUACUUUAG